AUGCACCAGCUGGCUCUGAACGGUCAUAGCAGCCAGGUUACACAUCACGUACGUACCCCCUUCAUCCCUCCCGUUUCAUCCCUCCGUUUCAUCCCUCCCAUUUCAUCCCUCCCGUUUCAUCCCUCCCAUUUCAUCCCUCCCGUUUCAUCCCUCCCAUUUCAUCCCUCCCGUUUCAUCCCUCCCAUUUCAUCCCUCCCGUUUCAUCCCUCCCAUUUCAUCCCUCCCGUUUCAUCCCUCCCAUUUCAUCCCUCCCGUUUCAUCCCUCCCGUUUCAUCCCUCCCGUUUCAUCCCUCCCGUUUCAUCCCUCCCGUUUCAUCCCUCCCGUUUCAUCCCUCCCGUUUCAUCCCUCCCGUUUCAUCCCUCCCGUUUCAUCCCACCCCAUCCCCACGGCCUCAGAAAAAGCUAGUGAGUGUGGAGCUAUUGAGCAACGCAGCGACGAAGCUAGUGAGUGUGGAGCUGCUGAGCAACGCAGAGGUGAAGUGGAUUAACGACUAUCACCAGCGCGUGUGGGACACUUGUGGGAUGCUGGGAAUGUGGGAUGCUGGGAGUGUGGGGUGCUGUGCGUGUGGGUGGCACACCAAGUGUGGAACACUGAGUGUGGGUGGGGCACUGAGUGGGAGUGAGGUCUCCCCUUUGCUAUCAGGGGCACCCCUGCAGUGGUUACAGCGCAACACUCAGCCCAUCUCGCGAAACCAGGCCCCACAGAAACCUGCAGCGGCUAGAGGGGCAAAAGCAGGAGCCAAAGGAGGAGCUAAGGCAGCAGCCAAGGCGGCUGCAGCCAGCUAA